AUGGAUACUUUUGGAAGUGCAUUUUUGGGUGACUAUGGCGGCAUUGGACGUAUACGACGCCGACAUCAUCCACGUGGUACAAAACGUGGUCGGCCACGUGGUAGCAGUAGACGCGGUGGUGGUAAUGGCUCUUUACCACGUUCAAUGUCGACACCGACUAGCGGUUCAAUAGAGACCUCAAAGCCAAAUGGUGAAUGUACAACAGGCACACCGGCACUAAAUAUAACAAACGAUGAUACGCAAACAUUGACAUUGAAUAAUUCUGCGAAGUCUGACAGCUGCUUCACACCCACCACACCAACGCCUAUGAAACGAGGACCCGGCAGACCACGAUUAAAAACUGCCGGCCCAGUACAUAUUGGAAUACGUGGCGCGCCACGCACACGUAAACCCAUUCUACCAUUGGUAGUACCUUUGGGACACAGUCCAGCAGCAACACCAUUAAACCGCAGUCCUGUUAUGAGUCCAGCACACUCAGAACGAAGCACACAUAGCUCGGUAACAAUAUCAAUGAGCGUUGGCAGCAGUGGCAGCGGCAGUAGUAGCACAAUUUUUCAGGAUAAUUAGUGGAAUAUUUACAAGAUAUUGAGAUUUUUGAGGUAGACGCACUGUUCUAAACUUGUAUAGGACAAUGAUUUUUAUUGGAAAAUUGUUUAGCUGCACUAACAAUGCAAUAUCCAAAAAUCAUAUAUGUGAAUACAAUUUAUAUUGUAUUGUAUUAAUUCUCUU